AAGCUCACCGUUGUCCGCCUCCCGCCUCUUCAUUCUUGAUAGAAGCACAGCACCGGCCUUUACACCUCCAGUACCUCAACAUCAUGGUCAACACCACAUCUAGCAGCUGAAGCCGACGGAUACGGAACCAGGUCAGACGCCGCCAGUUAACACGAGUCAUGCAUGCGCCGAAGUCCUUGUCCAGAUAGCUCUACAAGAACCAAGCUCUUUGGAUCUUUGGCGCUCUCGCUUCGGCAGCUGCCACACUUUGAUUGGCUCUACAUUUUUGGGCGUAAAACAAACGGAUCAAGUAGGCUGACAAAGCUUGCGUUGAAUAUACCUGAAGACAGUCGGUAGAUCUCAUGGGAUCUGGCUGUGAUGGGACUACGAUGAUGAGCCACUGCAAUCAAACGCUCUAACGUCUAGGACGAACUAUCUGAUCCCGCGUUACUAGCUCCCUGUGUCUUUGCAGCCAGGGGUAAGGUUGAAACCGAUCCAUCAUCAGCACCCGACAUAAAACCAAUUCUACCGCCAGAGACUGCUUGAACGACUUUAUUAACCAGCUGAUACAACACAACCAGAGCAGAGCACCAAAGGCAAGAGGAAUGCAACACCAGCAAAAUCAACUGCUAUAAAGCGACAUGGAGUUUUCCGAUUAUCGCUUCGUUAUCCUGACUCCAUCUAAAAAGCCCCGUAGUCAAAGGGCUAUCGAGCUCGAAAGAUCUUCGCUCCGGUCACAUGCUGCCAGAGUGACAUUUCGGAGGGCACGUUUGCAGAGACAAGUCUUGUACUCAAGUCAACAGCUGCACCCGGAAUGCGGACAGUUAUCUCUCGACAGGGAGCUCACGCGUGGAGCCGAAUCAACAUGUCGGCAGGAACUUGCCAACAUGAUUCCGGUGCGUACGCAACCACAGAGACACCAAGCAGACGAAGAGCCAUCGCGUACGCCGACUGUACUCCCCAUUCCCAUCAGCACCAGCAUGUUAGACCCAUUUCUUCACCCUGCCAUUGAGCUCACUGUGCCGGACAGACAUUUGCUACAUCACUAUAUGACCCUGGUUCCGGACGGCGUCUUUGGCGUCGCGUCCAAAGAGCUCGCGCACAUGAUCAGAGAGGUUGUCAUUAGAGACAUCAGUACCAAGCCCUGUACUCUGGCCAUGAUCUUGUUCUCGGCAGAAAGCGGCGACCUGAGCUUCCAGCCAACCGAUUGGGAUCGCAGACAGUCAAUCUUGAAACGACGUGGAUAUAUCUAUACAUUGAUUCGCCAGUUCCUGGCGGGGGUAGAUGCGACGGGUAUAGGUCUCAACGCCUUCACAUUAUCACUCGCAACUAUGGCGGCGGCUGAGAAGCGUCUUGGGAAUGUGGGUAUAUCCGAGAUUCAUAUGCGUGCGGUCAAGAAAAUCAUCGACAUGCAUGGCGGACUCCACAAGAUCCGUGAAAUUGAUUCGGCUCGAGCCAUCAUGUUGGUCAACAUACUCAUAGAAAUUGGGACCCCUGAUUUUCAGAACCAGCAUAUAAUGCCCCAGACCUUGACCUGGCUUAAACAAAAGUUGCGCGCAUUCCAAGCCUGGAAUUAUUGGCUCAGGCUGUGCGACAUCUCGACUGCUGCACUGCCUGGUGACAUUGAACCACUAUCAACCGAAGCACACCGAUGCCACGCCCGACACAUGCAGCAAUGGGCGUCUUUUUUCGACACCCCCGCGUUAUCCCACUACAUCACACCGCCACCUGGUUCCUUGACCACGGAGCAGUACCGCUCAUACCUCGCCACCCUCUUCAUCAUCAACACUGCCUUCUGGGCCUUCCGCGACAGCUCUGCAACGAGUGCCGUUUACCUACGAGACAUAGCCACCGCAGCGGCAAAUAAUCAAAGGAGAGAAUCGGUCCUGCGUUGCUUUGGCACCAACUGUGCGACAGUGACGUUGCUGAUUAUGAUGACUCAUCACGCUGCCAACGUCCAAGGGCCAGACCAGACCACCGCGGAUGUCUUCGCCGUCGAAGAGAUUGUGGACUUUGUCGACCUCAUGAUGAGGGCAUCGCCUAGGUCGAGAGAUCUCGUCCUUCGUGCCCUGAGGUCGUAUCUGUGUGAAACCGAGUUUACCGGUCUGACAUAUCUGAGCAAUGCAACGAUGGAUGCACUAAUGAAUGAAAUUCGUGUGACUGCUAACCAAGAGCCAUAGAAGAAAGAUGACAUUCCUUGGAAAGACUUAAGGUGGGUGAGGAUCGAGUUGAC